CCUGAAAUAUCUGAUCCUGGGAGCCUUGCGUUAUAUAUAAUUGAGCAGGCUGAGGCUGAAGUCAAGAGACUUGAUCAACUGAAAGCAAGCAUGAUGAAAGAGCUAUUUAUCAAGAAACAGAAAGAGCUGGAAGAUAUAUGCAACAAAUCGCACAUGGAGAUACCUUCAAGAUUAGAAAUGGAAAAGAUCAUAAAUCUUAUAAAUUCUGGGGAAAUUGAUCAUGUCAAUCUCCUAACAAGCAUGGAUGAACAGAUAUCAAGAGCAAAGGAAGAAGCAUCUAGCCGGAAGACUAUAAUGGAGAAAGUUGAGAAAUGGAUGUUAGCAUGUGAUGAAGAGCGGUGGUUGGAAGAAUAUAGCAUGGACCAAAGCCGAUACUCAGUCAGCAGAGGUGCUCACAAGAAUCUCAGACGUGCAGAACGAGCAAGAAUAACAGUCAACAAAAUUCCAGCUUUGGUGGAAUUGCUCUUGGCAAAGACUAAGAGCUGGGAGGCAGAAAGAAGUAAAGUGUUCUUGUAUGAUGAGGUGCCUUUGCUAGCAAUGCUGGAGGAAUAUAAUGCCCUGAGACAGGAAAAAGAGGAAGAGAAGAUGAGACUAAGACAGGAGAAGAAAAAAUUUCAAACCCAGGUAGCAAUCGAACCAGAAAGCUUCUAUGGAUCAAGACCAAGCACCAGCAGUCGGCGUCUUUCAAAUGCUAGCAUUAAUGGAGGUUAUAGCAAUGCCAUAACUUUGAACAGAAGGCUUUCUCUAGGAAUCCAGCAAUUGGGAUCAAACAGCACAAAUUCAGCAAAUGUAAGCACCUCUUUCAUGAAGGAAGGGAAAACCUCACCUGAACAGCAUACGCCUCUUCGGCACAACCUUGUUUCUCAGAUCAGAGAUGAAACAGCUUCAGUGGUAUCCACAUUUUCUGGCCCCAUAUCUCCUUAGUGUUCACUACAAGACUUCAAGCUCAAAUGCCAUUCAUGAAGAUAAUCCCACAGAAUAAAGUUUGAGAGAACCAUUGUAGCCUUCAAAUAAGCUUAUGUCUUAACAGAGGAUAGAGAAGAUACUCGAGUAUUUAUUCUAUCUUUGAAUUUCCUUUUUA